CGGAUCGCUGCAUGUGGCCUGAAUGACAGACAUGUUGUACAGCUGUCAUUGUUCAGAAAGUUUUAUGCACAGGAGUACAUCUCAUUUGAUAAAUAUGGCCGUCAACACCACCAACUCUACUUGCUAUGUGGAAAUCCUUCAAGGCGUGGCCUACAGUCCGUUGUUUCUCCUGGGUUUCCUUGUCAAUGCUGCAGCUUUGCGUGCCUUCAUUGCGAAACGAGAUUCCUGGACAGACACCCACAUCUACAUGUUCAACCUGGCCAUAGCUGAUUCUGCCCUCAUCCUCUUCCUUCCCUUUAGGAUUUACGAUGCCUUUUUCUGCCUGUCUAAGACUAAACUAUGUACUUUCCUCAUUAAUAUACAUUUCAUCAACAUGUAUGCCAGCAUCAUGACCACGACCGCCAUCAGUGUCCAGCGCUACCUGGUUAUAAGGUUCCCUCUGCAGACCAGAACCUGGAGGAAGAAGAAGAAGGCAGCUUUGGUUGUGUGUUUGGUUCUUUGGGGAGUUCUGGUGACAAUAGGUGCUGUUUUCCAACAUGAGAACGACCCUAAUAGUCUCUGGACAUGCUAUGAAAGAUGUAAAGAUAAUCCACUUGGACUAGACAUUAUUGUGAUUCUGGUCGUCCCGGGCUUCCUCAUUCCACUGGUGAUCAUUGUGUUUUGCUCCAGUCAGAUCAUCUACAUUCUGUCAAAAGUGGAAGACCAAUCAGAAGAAAAGAAAAGCGUAGUUGGCAUAGUAACGGCAAACAUGAUUGUGUUCAUCGUCUGCUACACACCAAUCCAUAUUGGCUUUCUUGUCAACCUUCCCAGUCCACCCUUAAACUGGCGUGAGAAAUUCACACUAGCACAUCUGUAUUUACUGGUGUGUGAGUGGAUUGCUGCUACAAACUGCUGCUUUGAUUCUAUCAGCUACUAUUUCUUAUUGAAAGGGUUUUAUUCACAAGACAGUGAGAGUAAGUAAGUACAAAACCAACUGAACGGGGUUCUUUACCAAUUUUGCAAAUCAAGUUAAAAAAUGAACUCUGAUGGGCUUGAAACUCUUCAAUAUAAAUCUGAGUCACAAAUCAGAGAUGUGUUGUUCAAAAGAGAAUUGAGUUGAAUUAUGGGAGUUGUAGUCCCCAGUGUUUUUGGAGGCUCAUACAUUCUAUGGUUUAAAAUUCAGGAUAUCUUGAUCCCUGCUUUUUGAUUUUUUAAAUUUUCAAUCAUUCUUUUGUGAGAUCCUUAAUUUUAUGGAAACGCAACAGAAAAAAGUUGAUUUAUUGAUUGCGAUGACAUUUUUGAUUAAUAUUCUAUGAUUUAUCCUUAGAAAAUAUAGGCUAUUUGUAAUGCUAAUGAAAAAAUGAACUAUUCAACUGGAUCCACGUGACUGACUUACCUGUAUUGUUGAUUUGUGAAUGAAGGUAAUUAUUUUUUAAAGUAUUCUAAAUCGUGUCAGUAUUUACAGAAUGUAAACAUGUAUGCCCGGCUUGGCUCAGAUCAUCAAAUUGCCUUUUAAACUCCUCAGCUGCUUUAGGGACAUGCAUGAGUAUAUGUGUCUGUGUGUUUGGGCUAUAAAUACCUGUUAUCUAACUCACUCAACCUUUUAUUGACCUUAUUGCUCUCUGUGUUAUGUUGUGUUAUGUCGAAGCAGAAAACAAGGGGUAUUCUCAUGUCCAGAUUUCUCCACAAAACAACAGUCUGUGUGCACAGACAGACAAUGUGCAGUCAAUGUACAGGCACCCAUGGGAGUUACUGCUUUUCAUUCCCUCACUGAGGCCAGAUGAAUGAAGGCCAGUGUCCAGCUCCCUCUUGUGGCGGGAAAAGUAAAUGCUUGAAAGAUUUUCCGCCUCCUCUCUGCUCUGCAGCUGCCUGUUAUGAUGCUUCAACCUGCCAAUCUGAUGAAAAAUAUUUUUCAUUGAAAGAAAAUAAACUGCAGUAAUG